GACAGCGCUCGAACCGUGCCUUAUCUAUCCAGCUGCCACUUCGCUCGCUCCACACCCAGCCGGCAUGGUGCUGCACUGCGCCGCCACACCGACCGUCUCUCCGCCCGCCGCCAGACCCUGCCGCCUCCACCACGGCGCCUGCGGAGCCCUCCCGCACCCGGCCGCAGCCCCAGCGCGCGCGCUCGGUCUCGGGGACCUGCUCCGCCUCGUCGGCGGCGGCGGCGACGCGCGCGCAGACAGAGCCGUCUGCCGCGUGAGGCGGCGGGUGCGGUACGAGGAGGACGAGGACGAGGAAAACGACGAGGAGUGGGGGCACAACGAGGACGUCGCGAGGAUGGAGCGGUACACCGAGGACGCGCGCGACCAGGCGCUGCUGGUGAAGGCCCGGGUGGACGACGAGGUGGAGGUCGUGCUCACCUUCAAGGGCUUCUCGUCGAGCUUGAGCGGGGGAACGGCGGCGGAUCCGGCGAGGAGCAUCCUGCCGGAGAGGGCGAUCAUACAGUCGGUGGACGUGGUGAAGGGGCCAUUUGACCCCAACAACAUCGAGUACCUGGAGAAGGGGGUGGAAUGGGACGACUUCAAGAGCCGCCUCCAAUAGCAGGAAAUUGCCCAUGUAAAUUUUGUAUGCUGUUGUGUCAGUUAAUCGAGAAAAAUAUGAUCCUCACCUGUCAUUUUCAACUGUUGUUCAGUUCAAAUGCAUCAAAGAGAUCGGCC